AAGCAAUAAUCGAUAACCUAUCGAGUUGAAAACAGUAUCUGCUUUUUAUAUCAUCGCGCGGCUUUAUCAUGCAGCGUUCAUUUAAAUAGUCGUGUCCGUCUUCUGUUGCGCAGUACCCAAGUUAUCACGGAUAUAAGUUUCACUUUGUUCAAGAACUCGGAGCGAGUCAAAAUAAAUCAUCAGCUGUUCGUCCCGAGCACUCGUUUGUCCGCAUCUAAUCGCGCUUCUUCGCGCUUCUUCGCGCCGAGUGAUUUGAUUUUUCGAUUCUUUUCAAAAUCGAUUUCUCGCAAAUCGCAACUGACACAAUGACAGAAGCUCAUAAAGUACAGAAAGUGACCGAACCCUAUGGCCUCUCUGAAGGUCCUCAUUGGAACCAUCGAACCCAAAAGUUAUACUUUGUUGAUAUAUAUAAUCAAUACAUACGUAGAUUAGAUACUGCGACAGGUGUUGUAACUAGUGCCUAUAUAGAACAUGGGCCUGUUGGAGUUGUUGUACCUGUGGAGGAUUCGUAUGACAAACUCGUAGCAGGUUCUGGAACAGAUCUUAUUCUUGUCACCUGGGAUGGAGAUACGAAUGAAGAGAAAGCACCAUUUGAAGUAUUAACUUCUAUAGAAUCUGAUAAUGAUACAAGAGUCAAUGAUGGAAAAGUAGAUUCAUCUGGAAGAUUCUGGAUUGGUACUAUGGGGAAUGAAGUUAAUGGACAGGUAGCUCCUGACCUGGGAUCAUUAUAUCGCAUUAAUGAUACAUUAAAACCUAUAACGGAAAUAAGUCCUGUUUCAAUAAGUAAUGGAUUAGCAUGGAAUAUCCAAGACAAUACUUUCUAUUACAUUGAUUCACCUACGCAUAAGAUUGCAGCAUACGAUUAUGAUCCCAUUAAUGGCACAAUAUCUAAUAAGAGGAUUGUAUUUGAUCUAAAUAAGAUUAAUAUGAAAGGAAUACCUGAUGGAAUGACCAUAGAUACAAAUGGUAAUCUUUGGAUAGCACUGUUUGGAGGACAUCAUGUCAUCCAUGUAAAUCCGAAAACACAAGAAUUGUUGAGAAAAAUUAAGAUUCCUGCUGAAAAUAUAACCAGUGUUGCUUUUGGUGGUCCGCAUCUUGAUAUUCUGUAUGUGACUACUUCAGGCUAUGGUUUAACUGCACAUCAGAGAAAGCAGACUCCUCAUGCUGGCGCUGUAUUUGCAGUGAAGGGUUUAGGAGUUCGUGGAACUCUUGCAAAUUCGUUUAUAAUGAAUACAAAACAAUGAGAUGAGGAAAAGACAGAUGUGAAGAUAUGUUUUGCUUCUCAUAAAGAUUUAUACACUUGCAUGUAUUUUUAAAUAUUCUGUAUACUAAAUAAAAACGUUAAAUUACUGCUUCUGUAAAAAAUAAA